AUGAAGCAACUUUAUACACUGUUUUUGCUUUUAACCUAUGCAUCAUGGACGGCCGCACAAGAUCCUGCUCUUUUUGCGUCAAUCCCCGAAUGCGCAAAAAUAUGCACAGGAAGAUUAAUACGAGCGUCUUCGUGCGCAGGGUCGGACGCAAGUUGCAUAUGUACAAACACGCAGCUUCAAGGCAUGAUCGAGGGUUGUGUGCGCCAGACAUGCACUGUAAAGCAAAGCCUAACGGCUAAAAACUUAUCUUCAACGCUGUGCGGCGCGCCUGUCAGUAACAUCGGCUCCCAAGUGAAGGUCCUCAACAUCACCCUGUUCAGCAUCACGGCGGCGAUCGCGCUCAUUCGCCUUCUAUUCAAAUCAUUCUCCGAUACCAACGCUGGCUGGGACGACUAUGCCAUUAUAGCUGCAUUGCUUACUGGAAUACCAUCUGUUGUUCUUGUGGACAUACUCCUCAUUCCCAAUGGACUCGACAGAGAUAUCUGGACAUUACCAUUCGACAGCAUAGCUACCUUUCGGCGCAGUGCCUACAUUCUCCCAAUCCUGUACUUUCUUCAGAUUGGUCUCGUCAAGAUUUCUAUUAUUUUCUUCCUCCUACGAAUCUUUCCAAGGUCUACUACUCGUAAGCUGUUGUACGGUACUCUUAUCUUUACUGCUCUUUGGACAGUUGCGUUUAUCCUUGGUGGAGCCCUCCAAUGCCAACUACCCAGUUUCUAUUGGACAUCCUGGGAUAUGAAAGAUCAAAAGAGUUGCCUCAAUUUCAGCGCACUCAACUGGGCGAACUCGCUUCUCAGCAUCGCUCUAGAUGCUUGGAUGCUGGCUAUACCACUAUAUGAAGUUAUCCAUCUCCAGCUAUCCUGGCGUCGAAAACUCAGCGUAUCUUUGAUGUUCUUUGUCGGAACGUUUGUUACGGUUGUCUCCGCUCUUCGAUUACAAUCCAUCGUACACUUGGACCGUGCCAAUAAUCCCACACGGGACUUGACUGCCAUCGUCUACUGGUCUAGCAUAGAACAGGACGUAGGGAUUAUUUGCUCGUGUAUGCCCGCACUUCGGAAAAUUCUUGUACGCGCAUACCCUUUGGCUUUUGCAUCGAAGAACAGAAGCUCCAGAAAACAUUGUGACUAUGGCAGUUACAGCCAUGAUCAUACUGGUAAUGAAGGAGGCAAAGAAACAGUAGAAGGCGACGCAAACCGCUCGCAAAAGUCGAACACUGCACCGAACACCUUCCACACGCAGACGUUCGAUGUGCAGUUCGAGCAGAACUUAGAUAACGACGAGAGUGCAUUAGUAGAGAUGGGGAAUAUUGCUAGAACACUUUCAAGGGCGCACAGCAGCAACGUAAGCGAAGCAAGCUUAUAG